AUGCCUGAUAAUAUAAAAAGGCCUUUUCAUUAUCUAUCUAUGUCUCUUCCUGAUCUAUCUAUAUAUCUAUCUAUGUCUGUUUCUUCCCAAUCUAUCCCUUCCUUAUCUAUCUAUCUAUCUAUCUAUCUAUCUAUCUAUCUGUCUGUCUGUCUGUCUGUCUGUCUAUCUAUCUAUCUAUCUAUCUAUCUCUUCAUUAUCUAUCACUAUAUCUUCAAUUUCUAUCUAUCUAUCUUUCUAUCUAUCUACUUUAGCCUUUUCAUUAUCUAUCUAUGUCUCUUCCUGAUCUAUCUAUAUAUCUAUCUAUGUCUGUUUCUUUCCAAUCUAUCCCUUCCUUAUCUAUCUAUCUGUCUGUCUGUCUGUCUGUAUGGUUAUCUAUCUAUCUAUCUAUCUAUCUAUCUAUCUAUCUAUCUAUCUAUCUCUUCAUUAUCUAUCACUAUAUCUUCAAUUUCUAUCUAUCUAUCCUUCUAUCUAUCUAUCUAUCUAUCUAUCUAUCUAUCUAUCUAUCUAUCAUACCUUCAAUAUCUAUCUAUCUAUCUAUCUAUCUAUCUAUCUAUCUAUCUAUCCAUGCUUCAUUGA